CACGUGGCGGGAGCACACCCUGUAUGACCAGGGAGUGACGUCAGCCAUGACCCGAUGGAAUAGAGGAGAAAAACAGACAAGGUAGACGCCGCCGCACCAAAAUCCCCCCUCCUUCCUCUCAGUCCAAUUCAAUUCAAUUCAUUAUUUGAUUCGUUUUCUUUUUCAGUUUUCACCCUCCUUCGUCUCUCCUUCGUCCUCCGUUUAUAAGCUCCUCUCCUCACUCUCUCUCCAUUCUUCCCCUCCCACUCUCUCAUGUGAAGCUCCGCCUCCGCCCUCAAUUCUCCGCCAUGAUCAAGCCCGUCUCUCCCAGUGGACCCCUUCUCUGCUUCUGCCUCCUCUUACCGCUCCUCGUUGCUGCUCAGCCCCCCUCCAAUUCUAAUAAUAAUGACCAAACCCAACAGCUCAAUAACCUCACCCCUUCCAUGGCCAUCAUCAUCGUCAUCUUGAUCGCCGCUCUUUUUCUCAUGGGCUUCUUCUCCAUCUACAUCCGCCACUGCGCUGAUUCUCCCUCCGGCAGCGUUCGUCCCCUCGGUCUCCGUGCUUCCAUCGGUCGUUCCAGGCGUGCUCCUCGCGGUCUCGACCCUCUCGUCAUCCAGACCUUUCCCACUCUCCAGUAUUCUCAUGUUAAGAUUCACAAGAUCGGCAAAGGCGCCCUCGAAUGCGCCGUCUGCUUGUCCGAGUUCGAGGACACCGAAACCCUGCGUUUGAUCCCCAAGUGCGAUCAUGUCUUCCACCCUGAGUGCAUCGAUGAGUGGUUGGCUUCUCAUACCACCUGCCCCGUCUGUCGCGCCGACCUUGUUCCUCAGCCUGACCAGUCACUCCGCGGAGUUCAGAACGUCAAUCCGGACGCCGCGGACCUUGAAGCUCAGAACGAGGACGUGGAACCCGAACCCGAACACGGGCAACAACGUACUGCGGAUCCUGAUCCAGAACCAGUGGAGCCCGAAAUUCUGUGCCUCAAUCAGUCGAUGAAACGGAACCGCACGCGAGGGUCUCGAUCGGGUAGGGCGCGGAGGUUUCCCCGGUCGCACUCGACCGGGCAUUCUUUGGUCCAGCCUGGUGAAGACACGGAACGUUUCACUCUGAGAUUGCCCGUGGAAGUGAGGAAUCAGAUAUUGAACCGGGAAUUGCAUCGAGCGACAAGCAUGGUUGUCUUGCCCAGAGAAGGUAGUUCCAGACGGGGCUAUCGAAUUAGUGGUGAUGGCAGCAGCAGAGGGAGGUUUUCGAGGCGGCUGAACCGCAGUGUUAAAUCGGACCGAUGGGUUUUCACGAUGGCGCCGCCGUUUCUUGUAAGGGCGUCGUCUAUCAGAUCGCCGAAAGUGGGAGGGAGCGCCGGUGAAGGAACCUCCGCUCAAUUCGUCCUUCCGGCGGCGACCGAUGCGGCCCGGCCCCCGGUUUAACUAUUCCUUUGCUUCUAAACUUACUCAACAUUUUCUUCAUAUCUCUCUUGUAGUCAACCCAAUUUUUUUUUUUUGGUUAUAAUCUGCAGCCAUUUUGUGGUAGCUCAAGAUGUAUAGAAUGUGGAUAAGAAUAUAUAUAUAU